GUACUUAUUUAUAUUGGUCUAGGCACAGCCGCACAAGGCUUGUGUUCUGCACUAGCACUACUUUGCCAACAUUGGGUAGCAACAAAGCAAAGCUCACAAGGCAGUGGCUUUGAAGCUAAGGUUGUUGGUUCAUUGAUGGAGAUGGUGUGCAGGAAGAGGCAAUGGGAGCUGUUUCAUGGGAUUGUGUUGCACUUGUUCUUGCUUGCUCAAUGCACUGUCGGAACCCAAAGAUUUUCUAAAAAGAACAUGAGCGAUAUUGCUGCUUCUCCUCCUCUUCAACUACAUAGAUGGGAUGAUUAUGUUGUGGUGGACAAUGGAUUUGUCAACAUUACCUUUUCAACUCCAGAGGGUAUGGUUGUUGCAAUUCAGUACAAUGGGAUUGAUAAUAUUCUUGAACAAAGUCAUACAGAAAGAGAUAGAGGGUAUUGGGAUGUUGUUUGGAGCAAGCCAGAACAUCCCGGAGAUAUUACUGACAGGCUCGAAGGGAUAAAGUUUAGUGUAGUACUAGAAGACGAAGAUCAAGUAGAGCUUUCAUUCAAAAAAACAUAUAAUCCGUCUCUCAAAAACAGUGGAUUAAGGCUUAAUGUAGACAAAAGAUACAUAGUGCUCCGGGGCAUCAGUGGUUUCUAUUCGUACUCAAUAUUUGAGCACUUUGAGGGACAGCCACCUAUCGUUUUGUACCAAGGAAGAAUUGUGUUCAGGCUACAAGAAGAUAUGUUCCGCUACAUGGCGGUUUCUGAUGAUCGACAAAGGAUUAUGCCAACAGAAGAAGACCGGAAACUGGGACUACCACUUGACUAUCCAGAAGCAGUGCUAUUGACAAAUCCAUCUGAUGCAUUUCUUAAAGGAGAGGUGGAUGAUAAAUAUCAGUAUUCAUGUGAAAACAAAGACAAUAGAGUACAUGGAUGGAUAUCUGCUAAUCCAGCCAUUGGCUUUUGGAUGAUUACACCAAGUAAUGAGUUCCGAACUGCUGGGCCAACCAAACAAGAUCUCACCUCUCACGCAGGUCCCAUAACUCUAUCUAUGUUCUUUAGUACUCAUUAUGCUGGAAUAUCACUGGGAAUAAGAUUGGGACAAGGGGAGUUAUGGAAAAAGGUUUUUGGCCCUGUUUUUAUUUAUUUAAACUCUGUAGAGGAUGAGAGUCCCCUUGAACUAUGGGCAGAUGCUAAAGAACAGAUGCUUAUAGAAACUGAAAGUUGGCCUUACGAUUUCCCGCUUUCAGAAGACUAUCCUUAUGCCAAUGAGCGAGGCACUGUAAGUGGAAGGUUACUGGUCAGCGACAGGUACAUCAACAAUGAGUUGAUGACUGCUAGUUCUGCUUAUGUGGGAUUGGCUGCACCGGGAAAUGCAGGAUCAUGGCAAACAGAAAACAAGGGGUACCAAUUUUGGACGCAAACUGAUGAUCAGGGGUACUUUUUGAUCGAAGAUGUCCGAGUUGGGAACUACAGCUUGUAUGCUUGGGUACCAGGAUUCAUUGGUGAUUAUAAAUACGAACUCUUAAUUAACAUCAGACCAGGUAGUAAAAUUAAACUAAAAGAUAUUGAAUAUGUUCCUCCAAGAAAUGGUGCCACCCUUUGGGAAAUUGGCAUUCCUGACCGCACUGCUGCUGAGUUUUACGUGCCUCCGCCGAACCCCAUGCUUCUGAAUCAGUUAUAUGUCCAAAACAAUGCACAAGGGUUCAGGCAGUAUGGACUGUGGGAUCGGUACACAGAUGAAUAUCCUGAUCAAGAUUUAGUCUACACCAUCGGGGUUAGCAACUAUCAGAUAGACUGGUUCUUUGCUCAUGUUAACAGGAAUAUAGGAAACAAAACAUAUGUACCCACUACCUGGCAAAUUUUAUUUGAUCUCGAAGAAGUUGAUCAAAACGGAAAUUAUACAUUGCAUCUGGCAUUGGCUUCUGCCACCGCAGCUGAAUUACAAGUUCGGAUAAAUGACUACAAUCCUACCAGUCCUCACUUCACGACAGGGCUCAUAGGGCAGGACAAUGCCAUAGCAAGGCAUGGGAUUCAUGGGUUAUACAGGCUAUAUAGUGUUAAUGUUUGGGGAUCUUUGCUACUAGAAGGAAGAAAUGUAAUAUAUUUAACACAAGCAGUAGGUGUUAGGGCUUUCAGAGGAAUCAUGUAUGACUACAUUCGCUUUGAACAGCCAGCUUACCAAGAUUAAAGAAGUUUUGUGCAAUUACAAGCAUUGUUCAAAAAUU